UUACGCUUGCCAGCCAUUUUAAAGGGAAUUACAAACAAAAUUUUUGUCAGUACACAGCGCGAUCACUAACAUCGGGACUCGAAAAUACGUAAUGUGAAAAAUAUUUUAUUCGACCAUGACUGUCGUAUGUCCGGAUGGUCGUAAGUCGAGGAGAGACCGUAUAUGAAUGGGGAUAAUUAGUAGAAAUAUAGUUAUCCCAAGUUGAGAUUGAAAUCACAAAUAUGGAUAUUACCAGUUUUAAGUUUAGUGUUUGUUGUAUUAUCAAUGUCUACCCACAAAUUGAGAUCUGGUUACAUGUUCCUUGUUGUUCAUUAAUAUCGGUGGUAUUGUCAAAUGUGUAAAAAUGCUAUCUUUAGUGUCCAACAAAUAGUAAAACAGUUGUUGAGUGUCUACCAUACUACCUGGGUGGUGGCAGUCUACCCUUCUGAGUACAAUAGUUAUUUUAAUAGGUGGUGUUUAGGAAUAUGGUUCUCCCAGGUUAAUCCAUUGUAAAGAAUAUAACUAAGCCAUGAGAAAUAUUGAGAGUAAGAUGAAUGAUAAGAAACAGUAAUGAUAUUAAACCAAUAAUUAAGAUAUAAAAAGAAAAAUAAAGAAUAUUGAAAUAAAUAAUUAAAUAAUGACACUGAAAGAAAGACCAAUAAGUAAGAAAAGUAAAAGAUAGAAAGUGAAGUAAUGCGCACACUGAAAUAAAGAGAGAGAAAUAUAUUAACUUAGAAAAUAUAAGUAAAGAAAGUGAUGUAGAAAUAAUAUAACAGAAGGUACUAGAUGUUUGGACUCAAAUUCUAGAACAAGGCAGAAAUAUCAACAAUAUACAGUAUACCUGGAUUUUUGCCAAUGCUUUCGACAGUGUGCCCCAUGAAAGUCUGAGAAUUAAACUGGAAGGGAACAGGAUUCAGGGAAGUAUCUUAGCGUGGAUCAGAGACUUUCUGCAUGACGGCAAUUGGUGCGUGGUGAUAAAUGGUACGAAAUCGUCAUGUGUACCUGUGACUAGCGGGGUACCGUAGGGCAGUGUAUUGGGCCCAUUGUUGUUUGUCUGUUUCGUUAAUGACAUGCCAGAAGCUAUACACUACUCCAUACAAAUGUUUGUAGACGAUGCCAAGUUUUUAUGGAAAUUAAGAACCAAACAGACUGUGAAGAGUUGCAGAAAGAUCUCCAUGAGUUUCACGAAUGGUCGAGGAAAUGGCUGCUAAAAUUCAAUGUCACAAAGUGCAAAAGGAUGCACCUGAGAGACACUAAUAGUAAGGAGGCGUAUCACAUGUCCCAACAGGACGAAGAGACUGCAUUAAUUGAGACCGAAUGAGAAAAGGACCUGGGCGUGUAUGUCGACAAUGAACUUAAGUUCUUGGGCCAUUGUGAGAAGGUGAAUAAGGCACUGAAACUAGUAGGUCUUAUGAGAAGGUCAUUUAGAUAUCUGGAUGGUCCGUCACUCGUCACGAUCUUCAAGAGUGAGAUGUUUCCACUCCAAGUCCCUGUGGUAUGCUGGAGACUGUCAAUUAAUAGAAAAUGUCCAAAGGAGGGUCACCAAGCUGAUGCCUGCUCUAUGGAACCUUCGUUACCCAGAGAGAUUGGAGUGCCUGCAACUACCUAGCUUACACUACAGACGGGCGAGGGGCGACCUAAUCGAAGUGUAUAAACAUCUCGGAGGGCACUAUGUACUCGGUUAAAUGUACAAACCUGGAUCUGGCUUAUUGUUAUGGAAGGUGAAGACGUUUUUGUUCUGCCAGACGAUACUGGGCCAAGUGGGCCUGUUGACAGUGUUGAGGAGCCUGCAGUGGCUGUGAGUGAGGCCGUUGAGGCGGAGGCCGCUCAGGCUGAGGGCCAGGCCCAGGAGUCUCAGAGCCCGUGGCCCCACCUGAAUGACUACUUUGUCCUUAAGUCAAGGGAUAAGAGGAAUGCCAACAUCUUGUACUUCCAGUGCUUCAUGUGCCAGCCCAAGGAGACCACCAUCAAGGGACAGGCGACAAGCCUCUACAACUUGAAGUCGCAUGUCAAGAGGAAACACCCAGCGCAUGCCAUCCAGUUUGAGGAGAGGAUCAAGGCUGGCUCUUCCCGUGGGAAACACAGGCAGUCUUCUGGUAGCGGUGCCAGUAGCAAGAGCAGCAGCCAGUCGUCGCGGCCACCUGCAAAGAAACCACGCCAGCCCACCAUUGGCGAGGUGUUUGGCGAAUCAGCUGCUGGCACUGGCGUCCGUCAGUCUGUGGUGGACAAAAGGAUUGUGGACCUGUUUGUCUGCAACAUGCUACCGCUGCACGUAGUGGAGUCCCCAACCUUUGUCAGCCUGAUCAAGACGCUGAACCCCAGCAAGACGUCGAUGUCCCGCCGCACCCUGGGCAAGAAGAUCUUGGGCAGCCAUAAACAGCUGGAGGAGUAUCUUAUAAGAUUGCUCAAGGAUGUUCCCUGGGUGGCGACCACCGCGGACUGCUGGUCGGCCCACAACAAGUCCUACCUGGGGAUGACGGCACAGUGGCUGGACCCCAAGACCCGCAAGAGACAGCACGCCGUCCUAGCCUGCUCUCGGAUUAGAGGGCAUCACACUUUUGAUGUUCUCUCCGAGGCCAUGGUGGACACCCAUUACAAGUUCCACCUGCAGGACAAGGUGACCAGGACCACGACGGACAACGGCAGCAACUUCGUCGAGGUGUUUGUGCAGUUUGGCACUGAAGCCGAACUCUUGCCGGACAUUCCCAAGCCUGCUGCCGAUCCAGACGUGGAGGGCGUCGAGAAUGUGGACCUGGACGCGGAUCCUGAGGCUGGUGGUGUGGACGAAGUUGAGUACAUCUCUGUCGAUUCCGCCCUUGACGAGUCCAGCGGCCUGGGCCUCGACCUGCCAGUGCACAUGAGGUGCGCAGCCCACACUUUCAACUUGAUAGCCAGCGUGGAUGCUGACAAGGCUCUUGACAGUGCUUCGUUCAAGUCGGCCUACAGGAAGGCUAUGUCCAAGGCACAGGCGCUGUGGAACCUGCAGAGCCGCAGCACAGUGGCGGCAGACAGCAUUCUGGACGCGUUGAAGAGGAGGUUGGUGGUCCCCAACAUUACCAGAUGGAAGUCGACCUAUGACUCUGUUGUUGUCCUCAACAAUCUGCUGGAGAAGAAGAGGGGAGCUAUCCACAGGGUGAUGACGCAGCUGAAGCUGCAGACCUUCACUGAUUCUGAGGUCGACUUCCUGACGGAGUACGCCCAGGUGAUGUCCAAUGUUGCCAAGGCCUUGGAUAAGAUCCAGGGGGAGGACCAGGCCUAUCUAGGGAGCCUUCUGCCAACUAUAGCGGCUACCGUCAUGAAGUUGAAGGAGGCCAAGUCCAAACGUCUCCUAUACUGCAGUCCUCUGGUAGACGCGAUACUGGCAGGCAUCACGAAAAGGUUUGGGCUCCUCCUAGAAGACCAGGAGUGCCAGCUGGCUGCUGCCUUCCACCCCAAGUUUCGCCUGUUCUGGCUGGAGCAGUAUAAUAACAACCAGCUCACCAGGGUAAAGAACGCCAUGGAGACCGUCGUGGAGAGAGCCCUGAUGGAGACCAGUGAGGAAGGCAGCAGCACCACCAGCAAUGAGGAUGAGGAAGAUGACUUCUUCAGCAGCAUCAUUCAGUCCCAGGAGAGCAGGAGCCACAGGUCACUGAAGUCCAAGGCACAGAACUUGGUGAAGACCUGGCUGGAGGCUGGCUCGAAGGAGGUCCUGACUGACGUCGCCUUCUUGGGUGAGCAGGUCUUGAUCGACCUGUUCAACAAGUAUAACACAGCCAUUCCAUCCAGUGCUGCAGUUGAGUGCCUAUUCUCUAUAGGCAAAGAUGUCUUGAGGGCCAAGAGAGCCACCCUGUCAGAUGGCAACUUUGAGAGGCUGAUGUUUAUGAAGGGCAACCAGCAUCACGUCGAGGCGAUGGAGAAGACCCAGCCACUGCAGCUGGAGUGAAUGGAAUUAUUCGAUUAUUAAAGUUUAAUAUAUAUUUUUUUUUUUACAGUAAGUAAAGACUGUCAGUGUAUGUUGAAAGACUCAUAGAAUGUAAUUGUAAACUAAUGUAUAAUUUAAUUUCUCAUUUAUUUGUUAAUUUAAUAUUUUUUUGUCACUAUAUUUGAUAGAUAAUGAAAAAUAAUAUUUAGUCUAAAUUAGUUUGGAUAUGCUUAAUUAAGCUGGGUGUUUGAAACAGUUAGCAUCUCGCAUGAAACAAAGAUCAACCAUUGCAAUAAACAUAAUGACUAACUCUCCCCACAAAAAGAACAAAACACUACACAGUAAUUUAAAAUUACUGUACUUAGAUUCCGAAAGAUCUGAGGCACAAAAGAAAACUAGUGUCGUUUUACUUAAUAUAUUUUUAGGUUAUAGUUAUUUUUGUUCUUAUGAAUAAAUCUGAGUGAAA